GGGACACGCGACAAUUUGAUUCAGCGUGAGCGUCCAACAGGGGUGAGGAAACCAUUUCCACAUGGUAAAAUUGAUCAAUUUAGGGACAAAAUGAACGGUUCAAAUCGCCCAGGUCCGAAUAUAUUGAUCACAGGAACCCCGGGUGUCGGGAAAAGCACAAUGUGUCGUCUGCUCGCGGAAAGAUCAGGCUUAAUGUGGCUAGAAGUGAGCAAGUUAGCUAUUGAAAACAAAUGCCUGGAGGAGUACGACGAGGUUUAUCGAUGUCCUGUUUUAGACGAGGAUAAGCUCCUGGAUGGCAUGGAACCGGCGAUGCAGGAGGGUGGAAAAAUCGUGGAUUACCACGGUGCAGAAUUCUUCCCAGAACGUUGGUUCGAUAUUGUAUUCGUGCUGCGAGCAGACAACACUAUAUUAUACGACAGAUUGGUGGCGAGGGGUUACACUGGUAAGAAACUCGAAGACAACAUUGAUUGCGAGAUAUUUCAGACGAUAUUGGAGGAAGCCAAGGCCUCGUAUAGGGAUGAAAUAGUUCACGAAUUGCAGAGCAACACACCUGAAGAAAUGGAGCAAAAUGUAAACAGGAUAUGCCAGUGGCUUGAGCAGUGGAAAAUUGACAAUAAAUAAAUCGAAAUUUU